UUCCACGUGCACGCAAGUUACCAAAACAAAACAAACUAGGAACUUGAUUUGACGAACAAUUUAUUUUUGUAUUUAGAGCCGAAUCAUCUUCAAAUCCACUUGAUAAAUACCGAUCUCAGCAAAUAUGGCAAGAAGACCAGAACACUCAGCACCACCUGAAAUUUUCUACAACGACGAUGAAGCUAAAAAAUACUCUGCAAACUCUCGAAUUAUAGAAAUCCAAAUUGAGAUGGCUGAGCGGGCCUAUGAAUUACUCACUUUAAACGAAGACGAACAACACUUUAUACUAGAUAUUGGCUGUGGCUCUGGUCUCUCGGGCAGUGUACUGGAAGACAAUGAACAUAUAUGGGUUGGUGUCGAUAUAUCGAAAGCUAUGUUGGACGUUGCUGUCGAACGCGAAGUUGCUGGUGAUCUGGUGUUGGCCGAUAUGGGAGAUGGUAUGCCAUUUAGGCCGGGUACAUUUGAUGGUGCAAUUUCAAUAUCUGCCCUACAAUGGUUGUGCAAUGCUGACAAAAGCUCACACAACCCACAUAAACGGCUAUAUAAAUUCUUCUCGACAUUAUUCUCGUGUUUGACACGUACAGCGCGCGCUGUAUUUCAAUUUUAUCCCGAAAAUGCGGACCAAAUCGAGAUGGUGACGACUCAAGCCAUGAAAGCCGGCUUUUAUGGCGGUUUAGUUGUUGAUUAUCCCAAUUCCACAAAAGCUAAAAAGUAUUUCCUCGUCUUGAUGACUGGCGGAACAGCACCGAUGCCGGAAGCACGCGGCUCUGAAGAGGAAGAAAGACGAAUAAGUUAUAUAAAAAAACGUGAUAUGUGCAGAGAAGCGCGCGGCAAACCGAUGAAAAAAUCGCGUGAAUGGAUCUUAGCCAAGAAGGAGCGCAGACGACGUCAAGGUCGUGACACACGUCCAGAUACGAAAUAUACGGGGCGUAAACGAAGUGGAAAGUUUUAGAUUUUAAGAAAAGCUAAAAUCAAGUUUUUCGUUUAUGUAUUAGAAUAAAAUUUACUAAGCAAAAACUUUAAAUACAAUUCUUCUAAAACAUAGAAUAUAAAAAUAAAAGCGUAUAGCACUCUGAAGAUAAUCAAAA